AUGGCUCAAAUUGAACAGGAAGAAAAACAUAGCGAUCAGCGCACACAGUAUACAUUCCAAAAAAUUCAACCCAAAGCUGUAAGUGUUGCAGCUCCAAGUGAAUCAUCAUACCCUAAGUCUUCAAAACCAUCAUUUAUAUCUAACAUUAUGGCUCAAAUUGAACAGGAAGAAACACAUAGCGAUCAGCGCACACAGUAUACAUUCCAAAAAAUUCAACCCAAAGCUGUAAGUGUUGCAGCUCCAAGUGAAUCAUCAUACCCUAAGUCUUCCAAACCAUCAUUAAUAUCUAACAUUAUGGCUGAAUUUGAACACGAAGAACACAGCAAUACUUCAAGCCUCUCAGAGAACAAUGAUGAUGACGAUAAUGAAUUUUAUACAAAUCUCAUUAGUGCGAUAAAUGAACGUAAUCCAUUAUGGGAUCAUCGGCUUCCUAUGGCAGAUCGUUAUGAGCCGAUAAAACAAAUGCUUUGGAAUGAGAUUUAUGUUGCACUGAAUGGUAUAUAUCCAAUAGAAAUUGUAAAGAAAAAAUGGAAAUACUUGAGGGAGAAGUAUGUCAGGGAAAAAAAAAACCAGCAAGUGGUGCUGCAGGAGGGAAAAAAAAAAUUUGGUGCCACAUGCAGUCAUUGCAUUUUUUAA